AAACCCACGCAGGCAUCGGGACGACAUUCAAACUCCACACAGAUGGGUCUGGGAUUGAACCCAAGACCUCUGAACUGUGAGGCCAACAUUUUACCUGCUGCUUCACCGUGCUGUGUGUUAUUUUGUUACAAUUUAUUAUACUGCCCCCUGGUGGCCAUGGGACGCACACCAGAAGAAUCAGCACAAUGUUCAUUGAAAUCAAGCAAAAGAAAUCAUCCAUUUACUCUUUUUUUUUAAUGCUUUCUUGAAAAAGUCUGAAAAAUGCAACUUAUCAUUAAGCAAAAACUUUUGUAUUAGUUUGUUUGUUUUUUUUUUCUUUGUUUAUUGCAAAGGACCCCCCCCCCAAAAAAAAAAUUACGUACAGUGGAUAUACAAAGUCUACACACCCCUUUUCAAAUACCAGGUUUUUGUGACAUAAAGAAAAAUUACAACAUGGUAAAUGAUUUCAAUACUAUUUUUUUUUUAUUAUUAUUAACGUGACUUUUAACCUGUAUAGCGAUUUUACAAAAUACACAAUUCUGAAUACAGCCAGAGUUGUAAGAAUGUGUACAAUAUUGCAAAGACAGCAUCUCAGUUGCUUGAAUAAGCACCGCCCUUCAUUUGGCUUCCCGUGGGGUGCACGGGCACAGACAGGGUUUGAACCCGCGACCUUAGGUUUGCGAGACUGAUACCUUUCCUCUUUCCAUUCAAAAUAAAUACAUAUUUAAUAUACUUGUGAUUUUCAUCCUAUCUUUAAGGUUCUGGAGUUCUUAUUUUUCAGAUAACUUCUGGCUUUUAGCUAGCAUCAGGCCUCAACCUAGCAACAUCGCUUUUUAGGAAACCAAAAACAAAAGGCCAGCGACAUCGUCAAAGGGAGCAAUCAUUUGUAAAUAGUUUUGAAUUGUGGAAAAAUAUAUUGCGUAUUAGUAUGACCAAAUUUGGACAUAAAUCACGGCAGUGUUUCAUUUGAAAACAGAUAUCUACUUAUUUCUCUGUACUUUAUCAAAAUAAGCGUGUUACUUUUUCCAUUCCAAUACUUUUUGUUUUACUGAAGUAUAUUUUUGAAUUUGUACUGUGUACUGAGGAAAAGGAUAUCAAUCAAUAUUUCAACUUUUGGCAUUUUUCGAAAAAAUGAAUCACUUAAAUACAGCUGAGCCGUAGCUUUAACUAGUUGUCUUUUUCUAUUUGAUACAAUUUAGCUUCUAUGUGCAAGACACUUUAAUUGAAUCAUUACCCAAGUAAAAAAAAAAAAAAACGUCAGUACUGUAUUCAGUGGAGUGUUAAUGUUCAAACUAGUAUUAAAAAAAUAUUAAAUAUAAACUAAAAAGUUGGAGAGUAGGCUGCGUCGUGACUAUAAAUUGUGUAACAGCACCACCUUAUGGCCAAAAGGUUUGCCCCGUUUAUGCGGUAGCUUGUAAAACUUAUUUGUAUCACCAGAUAUCACAAAGCAGAACAUAACAGUGAUGAUUUAAUUACAAGUUAAAAUCCUAAAUACAAAAUAUUACAAUAUGGCCGAUAAAAGAUGUCGGGGAGGGGGGGGGAGCAGUCACGUGUUUUCAUUAUGCGUCAUUGGAAAAAGACGAAACACCAAUCAGAACGAGGGGGCGUUUGUCUGACCAAUCACGUGGCGAUAUUUUAGACCACGUGUGCUUGCUGCUAACGAUUCAGUCAAGUAACCAAGUCCCAAAUGAUGCAUUUGCGUACAUCCAAAAAUUACACAAUUACCUCUCCGUGAUGUGCGUCAAACGGAAAAUACUGUAGCUACGUUUUUAACAGAUUCAUCAGCUAAUUUUGACUUCAGGUAACUCGACGUCGUGUUCUUGACAGACGGAUACAUCGCUUCCUUUUUUCUCCCGCUGGUCUCUUUUUGUGCCUAUUUCACUGUUUGUGGACCAGUAACAUUAGAGCGAAGGCCGAAUUCCCCAACACGUGGUAGGCUACCUGAAGGCAACGCAGCUCUCGCAGCCGGGUGCAGUGAUAUUGAGAGUCACAACGCCACGACGGCGCGGUUUAAACCUCCCCCCGUGAUGCUUCCGAGCCCUCUGCUAGCUUAGGCGGCUCGUAGCCCGGAUGACUUGAGGGCGCCGGAAUGGUGGAAUUUGAGGAUCAAACUCUUCGGAUAUUUUCCUGGCGCAAUCUCUUAUUCGGAAAUCCAAAAUGUCCGGAGAGCUGCCGCUCAACAUCAACAUCAAAGAGCCGCGAUGGGACCAAGGGACGUUCAUGGGCCGCGCCAAGCACUUCUUCAUGGUCACGGACCCCCGGAACGUCCUGCUGCCCUCCGAGACGCUGGAGGAGGCCCGGGUGAUCGUGGAGAACUACAGAGCCGGCGUGGUGACGCCCGGCCUGACGGAGGACCAGCUGUGGCGGGCCAAGUACGUGUACGACUCGGCCUUCCACCCCGACACCGGCGAGAAGAUGUUGGUCAUCGGCCGGAUGUCCGCUCAGGUGCCCAUGAACAUGUCCAUCACUGGCUGCAUGCUGACCUUCUACAGGACCACACCGGCGGUGGUGUUCUGGCAGUGGGUUAACCAGUCCUUCAACGCGGUGGUCAACUACACCAACCGCAGUGGAGACGCUCCCAUCACCGUCAAUCAGCUGGGCGCGGCAUACGUGAGCGCCACCACCGGCGCCGUGGUCACCGCCCUCGGCCUCAAGUCUCUGACCACGCGUCUCCCGCCCAUCGUCAGCCGCUUCGUGCCCUUCGCCGCCGUGGCCGCUGCCAACUGUAUCAACAUUCCUUUCAUGAGACAGAGGGAGUUAAAGUACGGCAUCCCCGUGACGGACGAGAACGGGAACAGGUUAGGAGAGUCUGCCAACGCGGCCCAGCAAGCGAUCAUUCAAGUGGUGGUGUCCAGGAUUGGCAUGGCGGUGCCAGCUAUGGCGAUCCCUCCCGUGAUCAUGAACGCGCUGGAAAAACGAGCUUUCAUGAAGCGCUUUCCAAUCCUCAACGCCCCCAUCCAGGUGGGGCUCGUGGGUUUGUGCUUGGUGUUUGCAACCCCUCUGUGCUGCGCCCUGUUCCCGCAGAAAAGCUCGAUGAAAGUGAGCGGUCUGGAGCCAGACCUCCAAGAGAGGAUACGACAGAGCAACGAGACCACCGCCGUGGUCUACUUCAACAAGGGCCUGUAGGACCGCCACCGACACACCCACACGCACACAGAUGGGUACACGAGCAAUUUGUGCUUUUUGGGUGUCGUUUUUUUUUUUGUGUAAAAGUAAAGUUACUGAUGUUAUUUAGCCAUGAACUUGAAUGUAAGCUCCAUGUCCUACUGUACAUCUACACUGGCGCAAUUGUUGCCCCUUCCCGUUUUUUGGUUGUCUGUCUCAGUGUUAAAAUGGUGCACUUUUCCUUUAAGACAGGGGUGGGCAACCUACAGUUGGUGGCCCAUAUUAUAGAGCACGUGAUCCGGUCCACUAUGAAAUUUGAAAAUUUCAAUGCCGAUUUUAAAAAAAAAAAAACAAACAACAGAAUAGAAGGACAAAAUUAAGACUCACAGUAAACCUCAGCGUAUUUGCAAUUUGGAAUCCAAUUCCCAUAAUUGCAGAUUAUUAGGGAAGCAAUUUUUGGCACAAAAGUGUUGCUUUGUGGUAAAGUUGUGAGGGAGGAACAGCGUCUGACCAAUUGACAGCACCGCAGAGUUUUCAAAGUUUCCUACAGACGGCAUAAGGUGGCACCAAAGCGGUCCUCAUCGUGACAACAUAGUUCCUUGGUACCAAGAUGGCACAUAAAUGAUAUUUUUAUAUUUGACAGGUCAACAAUGUAAAUGGGAUUCUGUUCUCAAUUGCUUUACCUGGAUGAGGUUCACUGUAUACAGAAUUUCUAUUCCAUCCAUUUUCUUCACCGCUUAUCCUCACAACCCCGGACCCACCUGUGUGGAGUUUGCAUCUUCUCCCUGUGGCUGUGUGGGUUUUCUCCGGGUGGGCACUCCGGUUUCCACAAAAAACAUUAAUUGGAUACUGAAUUACUAAAGAGUGAAAUUAUAAUUUACGGCAUGCAAAAAUUUAAAUUAGUUUACCCAAUGAACAUUUUCUAUAGAAAUUUGGAAAUAGUCUGUAUAUUGUACAAUUAAGUUUUUUUUUGUUUUUUUUAAUUGAAGUAAAAUAAGGGAACACUGCCGUAUGACUGAUUGUAGUAACAUUAGCAUCCCCCCGACAACUAUGGCCCUUUGAGGACACCGUACAUACUUUAAAAAAGGUUCCCCACCUGUUUUAAGUGUACGUAUUCUGAUCAUUUAAAAACAACUCAGCGCUUAAUUACCCGUGAGAAAAGCGAGUCUGCGAGUGGCCCCGCGGACCUGAACUAGUAACCCGACAACUGCCAACGUUUCACACUAGUAUGCAGUACAGCCGCGAAACCAGCGGACAUUUUGUCGGACGACGCUUCCUCUUUAUUUUAAAGUUAUGACACACUUGACUGUGCAGACGCAAGUUAUUCUAUGCUAGUAGUAAAAAAAUUAUAUGCUAUAUGUAGGUGUGGAACAUGUAUUCUAAAACGGAAUAUUCUAUGUUGAUGUAAACGUUAUGCUGGAAACGCAGUUCGUCGUGCCCGUGUAAAGCAGUGAUGAAAUACUUGAGGAAAAAUUUGGGAAAAUUUUUGUGUGGUGAUUUUGCUGUGCUGGCUAGAACAGGGUUUUCUAUUAUACAAUUCAUAAAGUUAUAUACACUAAUUUCUCAACUAGUGGCCAUACUGUGACACGAGCGGACGGCGAUGUAGCAAAUCGGCGCACCGGCGAUUCAAAACCAGUAACUCUCCGCCGGCCACUCGUGAAAAGUAGUCAGUAAACCCCGUACACUAGCGCAAUAAAUUCAAAAAAAAAAAAAAAAAAAUAAAAUAAUAAUAAUCAGAUUGACCCAAAAAUGUGCCCCGUAUCCAAAUCUCCUCGCUGCAGUUACUAAAUACCCAAUUUUUAUUCUCUGCUGAAAUAAAUGUAUUGGAAACGAUACGUGUAUACGGUACAGGGGUGUGCCAGCGUGACGGUCUGAGCGCUCCCCCGUGCUGAAAAGUCUCCUUGUGAGCUAACAUAUGUUACGUUAAAACAAAAGUUGAUAAAAAGAUAUACACAUAUAUGUACGUUCGCCGUGUUCGUUUUGAAACUUUACAAAAUAUACGCACAUGCGCGUUAAUCUCGAGGAUACUUUUCAGCACGGGGGGAGCGCUCAGACCGUCACACCGUAUCCAAAUCUCCUCGCUGUAGUUACUCCAUGCCCAUUGUUAUUCUCUGCUGUAUUGUAUUGUUAUUAUACAGGUAUAGAGGGGAUGCGCCGGUGUCCCCGAACGCAACAGCUCCCAGGCAUUUUUAAAUCGAGCAACUAACUGGUCUUGAUUCUGAGUUACAGAAAUUAUUUAUGUAGCGCAUUUUGCCGGUAGUUUAUUUCAUACCCGUAACGAGUCCCAAUUUCCAGCCGCGUGAUUGAUUUCAAGUGUUCUAUUGUUGAAAAGUUUCAUUCCGAUGUCCUUUGCUCUGUUACUGUACGUAAUAAUCGCGUUAUACCUCACCCGCAGGAAUCGCAACUUUUAUUUCAAGCUGUCAAAGCAUAAAGACUGCGCAAGUCAAAAAACAAUAUUUGCGGUUUCAAAAUCACGCCGCGAGGGUGAAAUACCGAAGAUUGUACUUUUCCACGUGUCCUCAUUACUAACUGCUGAUGAUGUCAUUAACCUCCCUUGCGGAACACUGGAAUGUUUUUGUGCAUACGUAUUACUGUUACAGUGCAUCCAAAGAUGGGCACAUUUACGAGGAAAAUGAGUUUUUUCCCCACAAGCUUUAUUUUAAAAUGAUUUUGCACCACGUCACCAUUCAUAAAGUAUUUUCAAGAGCUACGUUACAUCUCGUUCUUUGUGUAUUUCACGUAUUCUCGCGCAUCAGAAUGGCACAAAUCCAAACGUGUACCGUUACGACAAUCCGUGUCACUCUCCACGAAUGUUUUCAAACGUCGUGUACCGCUGUCAGCGUUGUUACAGUCUAGUCGCCAUUUUUAUUUUUAAUAUUGUGUUGGCGUGUGUACAUCACCUUGACGUGUAUUUUACUCAGUACUAGAAUAAAAGAUGUGACCGACGUCCA